CUUGAAAAUAUGAAGAUUUUGAAACAAUAUUGCCGAAUAGAGAAAUACGGAGAAAUAGAGAAAUACGGAGAAAUAAAUACACUCAAAGUAAUAACUAGCAGUCCUUGUCUAAAAUAGACAGUAUAAAUACAUAAAUUGCUUGAAGGAAUUAAUAUUUUAAAUCGUGAAAAUACUUAAAGUGAAACAUUCAUAAGAGAAACUUGCGUUUUGAAUAUUUGAUGAUGCGAUGGACAUAGCUUUAGAAACGACUAUGUUCUCUUUCAAACUCCUAGUAUUAUCUCUAUGCGAUCCGUGCGAUAAUUAAAGAAAUGUCUCAUAGAAGUUGGAAGUUACUACUUCUAUCACGUCUGUUACUCGUUUCUUGCACGAACGACAACGUCAUGAUCCGAGACUAUUUUACAUAUAAAGGCGUGUCUAAUGUAGUAGGGUUUUCCUGUGGCAGUCUUGAAAAUGAUGUAAAGUUUGCGAGGACGUUCAAUGAUGUCUUUGUACUCACAUCAGUAUGGAAUCUCGGAUCCGCGGUCGGAUCAUCGACACGUACUCUUCUUCGAAAACUUCUACAGAACAACUAUCGCAAUUUAGGCGUUUACGUGGACGCGCGAUGCGACGCACACAAUUACACCGUGAUAUAUUCCGAGGCCACGAAAUAUUUCCUGUAUGACGAGACACAUAAAUGGCUGAUUUUGGGACAGAAGUUGAAGGGCACCGUGAGAUUAUUGAAUGACGAUGCCUUUGGUUUAGUGACCGACGUUACAGUCGCUAUACAGUCCCCUACGGGUUAUGAUUUUUACGACGUGUAUAAUCCUUGUAAGGCCCGCGGUGGUUCCUUGAACGUAACCGCUCUGGGUUACUGGACCGAGAAAUCUGGAAUGGCAAUCAGACUAAAACAAUCCAAGUAUGAAAGAAGAUCCAAUUUGCAUGGAAUGAAGCUCAAAGUGGGAGUCUUGCUGCCACAAAAGUUUUACAAUUUGUCCACGGAGGAUAUCGUGCUGGAUCAGGAUAUGAAGGCGAAGUAUGGCCGAUCUCAAUUCCUAUACAUGAUCUUGUUGCACAUGGCUGAUCUCUUUAACUUCACUAUCGAAAUUGUGGAAGUGGAUCCGAGAAAGCGACAAGACAAUUCCGCGCCGAUGUUCGUCGCUUUUCAGAAAAAGAUGGUAGAUAUCUCAGCCAGUCCAAUUGUGAUGAAAGCGGAUAGAUUACGGUCCGGUGAUAUCAUCGGUCCAGUAUGGCCAAUGCGUUCGUGCUUUUUGUUCCGGACGAUAUCUUCGGCGACUAUGAAAACGAAGCAAUUUUUACGACCGUUACAUAUUAAAAUAUGGUACAUGAUAAUCUGCACGAUGAUAGUUGCCAUGUCCAUUCUAGCGAUAUUGAUUAGACAAGAAGAAGUUUAUAGCUUGGCGGAAAGCUACAACAUUGCUAUUCUUUUUACUAUAGGUGCUGUUUCUCAACAAGGUUCUGUGUAUGUUCCUGUGCGUUACGCGGGUCGCAUAGCGUUUAUACACAUCAUGCUCUUCAGCGUAUUAAUCUUGAACUAUUAUUCGGCGAGCAUUGUGUCCGAUCGAUUAAAGAAUGUGGGUGUGAAGAUGAACGACUCGUUGAUUAGUUUGGCGGAUAGUAAUCUAAAAGUAGCGGCUGAAUUCACGCCAUAUAUUCGUUCCUUUCUGCAGUCGCCGGAGAUAGAAGUUCGGUAUUUUAUUGCGAAACGAUGGGACAGAGUACCGGAAUCCAAGCGUUAUCUGCCCUUGACGGAGGGUCUGAAUCGUGUAGCUAAGGGUGGUUUGGCCUAUCACACGUCGAUUGAAUCCGCAUAUCCGUAUAUCGAUCGGCACUUCCAUUCGCGGAUGAUAUGCGAGCUGACAGAGAUUCACCUCUUUCGCGCGGUUCUCGCCCUUUGGGGUAGGCACAGGAGCCCGUUCACUCCACUGCUUAGAAUUGGCUUAACCAAGAUGUAUGACAUGGGUAUACGUAAACGACAACUAAAAUUCUGGUCCGCAAGGAAACCCUUCUGUCCGAAAAAUAUGCUAGUCGCGGAACCACUGUCGAUCCAUGAAGCUACGCCCAUUUUCAUCUUCAUUGGAAUUGCCAUCGCGUUGUCUCUCGUGAUCUGCGUGAUGGAGAACGUUAUCUAUUGGAUAUGGCCACGAAUAUCAAUAUCCACAACGCGCAAACUAGGGAGGAAUCUGCGUUUUCCGAUAUUUACAAAGGACAUACCUAAUUCGCCGGACGAAAUAUUUUCGCGUGAAUGAACAAAUAAUCCGCCAUUUUUACAUCAUCCCAUCUUGAUGCUUGCUUAAUUAGAUUUCGUCAUGGAUAACUUGUGUGUUUAUUCAUUACGUACGCGCAAAUAAUUAAUCAUUUACUGUAGCCUGACAGUGACAUGUUCCUUAGUUCCCAUUUUCUGACAGAAUGUCAUAGCGGUGAAAUGUAAAUAAGCGAUAAGACAUAUGAUUUCCAGAUAUGUUUAAUAUUAUAUCGAGGCUGAAAAAUGCAA